AAGCUCAAAUGUCUUUACAUGACAGAUGUUAAUGGUCACCAGUAUGAGGAAUACUCUGUAUGUGAAAUAUGACUGUAGUGGGUUGUGUGAAUGUGAAUGCAGCCAGUCAGGCGGCUGCUGAGGCUCGGGGUCGAGCGGGCAGACAGUCUGCGGCUGCGUCUAGUUUCACAGGAAUGACUUUACAAGAAGCCCAACAGAUACUGAACAUCUCCACAUUAACACCAGAGGAGAUUCAGAAGAAUUAUGAGCAUUUAUUUAAAGUCAAUGACAAAACUGCUGGCGGUUCUUUCUAUAUACAGUCAAAG